UUUGGAAUUCAUCGGAAGAUUAUAAUAGUGCAAUCUCAUCAGCUUCAGUACUGAAGGAAGUUCGAAAAAUCCCUCUCGUCGGAGACCGACAAACGCCGCCAUGCCCUAAAUCGGAAAAUCCUAUCCUCACCGGCGUAUAGAUUUUAGCACAUUCAAACACUAAAAGCUCCGCGCGAGCUUAUCUUUUGAGUUAGCUUUCGAAACCCUAGAUUACUCCGAGUCUCCCUUGGGAGGCUGAAAUAAUCAGCAAAAAUGAGGAUUAUGAUAAAGGGAGGAGUAUGGAAGAACACGGAGGACGAGAUUCUAAAGGCGGCGGUGAUGAAGUAUGGGAAAAAUCAAUGGGCUCGUAUUUCUUCUUUACUCGUUCGAAAGUCUGCAAAGCAGUGUAAAGCUCGCUGGUAUGAGUGGCUCGAUCCUUCCAUUAAAAAGACUGAGUGGACUAGAGAAGAAGAUGAGAAACUUCUUCACCUUGCAAAGCUCAUGCCUACUCAGUGGAGGACUAUUGCGCCAAUUGUUGGCCGUACACCAUCCCAGUGCCUUGAACGCUAUGAAAAGCUUCUCGAUGCAGCUUGUGCCAAGGAUGAAAACUAUGACCCUAAUGAUGAUCCAAGAAAAUUGAAGCCUGGAGAGAUUGAUCCUAAUCCAGAAUCAAAGCCUGCUCGUCCUGAUCCUGUUGAUAUGGACGAGGAUGAGAAAGAAAUGUUGUCUGAAGCACGGGCUCGGUUGGCAAACACAAGAGGUAAGAAGGCUAAAAGGAAAGCUAGAGAAAAGCAGCUUGAAGAGGCUCGAAGGCUUGCUUCCUUACAGAAAAGGAGAGAACUGAAGGCUGCUGGAAUAGAUGCCCGUCAAAGGAAGAGAAAAAGGAGAGGAAUUGAUUACAAUGCUGAAAUACCCUUUGAAAAGAAGCCUCCUCCAGGUUUCUAUGAUGUUGCUGAGGAAGACCGUCCUGUAGAGCAACCUAAGUUUCCAACUACCAUUGAAGAACUAGAAGGUGAAAGGAGAGUCGAUAAGGAAGCUCGUCUAAGAAAGCAGGAUAUUGCAAGGAAUAAAAUUGCAGAAAGGCAGGAUGCCCCUACAGCCAUAUUGCAUGCAAAUAAACUUAAUGAUCCAGAAGCAGUGAGGAAGAGGUCGAAACUCAAUCUUCCUGCACCACAGAUUCCAGAUCAUGAAUUGGAGGCCAUAGCAAAGAUAGGUAUUGCCAGUGAUCUACUAGGGGGUGAUGAACUAUCCGAAGGGAAUGCUGCAACACGUGCUCUUCUUGCAAAUUAUGCCCAGACACCACAGCAUGCAAUGACUCCUAUGCGAACACCUCAAAGAACCCCUUCAACUAAGCAAGAUGCCAUUAUGAUGGAAGCAGAAAAUCAACGAAGAUUGACUCAGUCUCAGACACCAUUACUUGGAGGGGAUAAUCCUAUGUUGCACCCCUCAGAUUUUUCUGGUGUCACUCCUAAGAAAAGGGAAGUUCAAACACCAAACCCACUCUUAACUCCUUCAGCGACUCCUGGAGCCACUGGCCUUACUCCUAGAAUUGGCAUGACACCUUCAAGGGAUUCUUAUGGCAUGACCCCGAAAGGAACUCCUAUGAGGGAUGAGCUACGCAUUAAUGAAGAAAUGGAUAUGCACAAUAAUGCUAAACUGGGGCAAUUCAAUUCAAAGAAAGAAUUGCUUUCUGGUUUGAAAAGCCUUCCUCAGCCCAAAAAUGAGUACCAAAUAGUCGUCCAACAACCUCAUGAAGAAAAUGAAGAACCACCAGAAGAGAAGAUUGAAGAAGACAUGUCUGAUAGGAUUGCAAGGGAGAAGGCCGAAGAAGAAGCAAGGCAACAAGCUUUACUCCGGAAAAGGUCAAAAGUACUGCAGAGAGAGCUCCCUAGACCUCCCAUUGCUUCACUAGAGCUAAUAAGAAGUUCCUUAAUGAGAGCUGAUGAAGAUAAGAGCUCCUUUGUUCCUCCUACACUAAUUGAGCAGGCUGAUGAAAUGAUUAGGAAGGAACUUCUGUCUUUGCUAGAACAUGAUAAUAGCAAGUAUCCUCUAGAUGAAAAAGCAGAGAAGGAGAAGAAAAAGGGGGUCAAGCGGAAAGUGCUUGCUGAACCUGCAAUUGAGGACUUUGAGGAAGAUGAACUGAAAGAGGCUGAUGGAUUGAUCAAGGAUGAGGCUCAGUUUGUUCGUGUGGCAAUGGGACAUGAGGGUGAAUCUCUUGAUGAAUUUGUCGAAGCACACAAAACAACUUUGAAUGAUA